AUGCUAAUUUACAACGGUGAUGUUGAUACAGUUUGCAACUUCUUGGGUGAUGAAUGGUUUGUAUUGGAUUUUGCCAGAAUGAAUUCGUUUUUGCAAGACGAUAGAAGUGAAUGGUAUUACCAACAAGGUUUUAAUUUUCUGGCACAAAUUGGUGGUUAUCAUCAACACUUCUAUGGCAUAUAUGUCAACAUUGAUUAUGUUACGGUUAAGGGUGCUGGUCAUUUUGUUCCGUUAGACAGAGGAGGACCAUCCUUGCAGCUUCUCACUAAUUUUAUGAAAGAACAAAGCUACAAUACCACAAUGACAUACGAUAUAACUCCAAAGUCUCUCUACCCACAAUAUAGCAUUCCAAAACCAAAACAAAAAACACGUAAGGAAAGAGCACGUAUAUGGAAUUUGCCUGGUUUGACGUACAAAAUAAACUUUAGGCAGUAUUCUGGCUAUUUAAAAGGAGUAACUGGAAAUUAUUUACAUUACUGGUUUGUUUGCACAUCAAAUUUUACUUCUUGUUGAUA